UCUCACUCCCCCUUCAUGUGUGGACCAAGAUCGAGCGCCACAUCUUUCGCAAUCAGCCUACAAGUAUGUAGGGCCCAAGGGGUUUCGGACUGCCUUCCUGGCUUUCUUGUCCGCACAAGAAAGGUUUAGGGCAAUUUAUCCUCCCUAUUCCUCAUCGACAUCAAUCGCAUUCUGUCGUAUAAAUGGGGCGUAUAUAACAGGCGCUCCGAAUAUUUUUGUUGAAAAAGCUCAGUCUGUCUCCGAAGAGCCUACAAUGGAGUUGUUCCCCUCUAUUGGAAUGCAAGUUUUGAGCUCAUUGAUACAUUUUUUGGGUGUUACGGUCGUUACUCAUUGCCUCUCGAGAAGGCUUGCCGCCGUAGAUUUAUCUGUCUCCGGAAUUUUUGCAUUGCCUUGGUCACGUCUUUGCCUCCUCCUCAUCUUCCUCGAAUCUUGGGCAUUCCUGUGUAUCGGUGGUGUUCUUAUAUUUGGAGUUGGAUUGGACGUGACCCAUUCCAUCUGCCACGGCGCGAUUCUUCUUUGCAUUGCAUGCUAUGCAACCUCGAAACUUCUGAUAUACUGCUUUUUGAUCGAGAGGGUUCAUAUUGUUUGGACUCCCGCCGGGGCAACCACUACCCGCUUUAAGUCUCUUGUGGACAUAUUAUGCUAUUUGACAGUCGCUCCCUAUUUUGCUGUCAUCGUGCUAUUAGUCAUAGGGCGUAUUUCAGAACUGAGAACAGAAGAUCAAGCGUGCGUGAUAGGUCUGAAACCACUCGCUUCCAUUCCUUUGUUGAGCUAUGACCUCUACAUAAACCUCUUCUUAACGGCUCUCUUCUUGUGGCCGCUCCUAAAGAAUGGUCAUCUGAGCCCAAAUGUUAAGAGGCUCGCAGUGCGAACUCUCAUUGCGGCUAUUGCUUCCCUCACCACCUCAACAGUGAACAUCGCCAUCCUUACCGCACGACAUGGUAGGGAAUAUGGAUGGGUAUGCUUAGGAAGCUGUGGGGCGGAUGUCAUCGUAAAUGCUCUUGCCUUGUAUUGGGCCACGAUCCCAAGGCAUCGAAGACAAGGAGCCCCCAUUGGCUCAGACGAUGUGGAACUUAUGUUCAGUCUUCCCAAACCAACGGGUCGCGGAGCGUCGAAUGCCUUUGUUGGCAACACUCCGGAGACUGCGACGUGCAACCUUCUACAAGAGCUGCACUCUGCCGAUCACUCGACCAAAAAUUCGCAACGUCGUGCUAUGAGUAUCGGUCAGUACAAGGGUUCCAGGCUAGCAUCUCCACCUCCAAGCCAGGGGAUCUUCAAGUCGGUGUCUAGGGUUCUGAAACGCACCGAAACACCGAGACAAGACAAACAGCUCCCAAUAGAGGUAAAUGUUAGCACUCACUGUCAAGUCGACGGGGAAAGUGCAAUACCCCCGUCCAAACCAGGCAUUUGAUUCAAAGUAUUUGUCAUCCACUAGCAGUCUUCUUUAUUUAUUUGAUCAAUGCAAUCAACCUUCCCGUUUGUCGUUUCAGUUGUGAAGAGUCCCUGCGGGUGCCAAAGCGGUAUUACGUCGACUACGUACCAAGUUGUAAGCUUGCUACGAAUAAAUCCUUUCCGAGCUCAAGCGCGU